UCAUUCAGGUACGUCUUCGCUCAGAUAUCAAGGCUAACACUACUUUACAAGGAUGCAGGUGAAGAGAGUCGUUCUCAACUCAAGACCAGGUAAAGCUGGGGUGCCAGUUCCUGAAAAUUUCCGUGUGGAGGAAACGACUUUGGCAACUGACCUGAAGGAUGGAGAGGUCCUUGUUCGGACACUUUACCUCUCAGUCGACCCUUACAUGCGGUGCAGAAUGAAUGAAGAGACUGGUUUUGAGGAAAUGAGCCCGUGGCAGCUGUCUGAGUGUGCGGACGGUGGGGCUGUCGGUGUGGUUCAGUCCAGCCGCUGCAGCACUUACAGUGAGGGAGAUGUGGUGGUUGCAUUCAACUGUCCUUGGCAGACCCAUGCUGUUUUAAAAGAAAGUGACUUACAGAAGGUG